AUGGUCGCUGCCACCUCCCUCAUAACACUCUGCCUCGCCGCCACGGCAACAGCACGCAAGUGCCGCGAUAUCGUCGUCCCCGUCCAGAUCUCCGCCCGCAACGGCGUCUUCGACGUCGCCCCGCCCGCCACCAACAUCGAGGCCACCGACUUCAUCCUCGACAACUUGCGCCAGGGCCACGACUAUGCCAACGAGACGCUGACGGGCUACCGGACCGUUUCAGGCACCUACAAGCUGCAGACGACCUACUGCGAGCCCGAUUCGGGUCCCUCGGGCACUGUGCAGCUGCUGACCCACGGCAUUGCCUUCGAUCGCACCUACUGGGACUUCCCCGCGCACGACCACAACUACAGCUACACCGCCGUCGCCGUCGACGAGUACCGCUACUCGACGCUGGCCUGGGACCGCCUCGGCAUCGGCAUGUCGCAGCACGGCGAGCCCGUCAAUGAGAUCCAGUCCACGCUCGAGAUCGCCGCCCUUAAGGCCGUAACACUGAUGCUGCGGCACGGCCAGAUCCCCGGCGUCGGGUGCGCCUUCUCCAAGGUCGUGCACGUCGGCCACUCGUUCGGCUCGAUCCAGUCGUACAGCCUCACCGUGACGGACCCGGAGCUGUCCGACGGGCUGGUCCUGACCGGCUUCUCGCAGGACCCGCGGUUUCUACCCUACUUCGGCUACGGCGGCAACUUUGUCGUCGCCAACACCAUCCCCGCGCUGUCGCAGUACCCGGCGGGCUACCUGGCCGGAGGGGACGUGUCGGCGGCGCAGACCAACUUCUUCGCGCCGGGAGAGUUCGACCCUGACAUCCUCAACGUUGCCGCGAGCACUUCGCAGCCGGUGACUGUCGGCGAGAUGUUGACCAUUGGUGGGAGCACUGCCUUGGUGAACCACUUUGAGGGUCCCGUGCUGAUCAUCACUGGAGAACGCGACGUCCCUUUCUGCGGGGGUGAUUGCUAUAACAGCGGCAUGCCUGGCGUUGCUUCGAUCCUCGACGAGUCUGCGGGGAUGUUUCCCAACGUCACCAAGUUUGAGACUUGCGUUGUACCCAAGGCUGGCCACGGGCUGAACUUUGUAAGAUGCACCUACACAAUUCUGUUUAUGGGAAUCGAGGCUAACAGCAGGCAGGAGUACUCUCACCCCUUGACUUACAACACGAUAAACACUUUCCUCAAGCAAAACGGGCUCCUUCCUUGA